AUGUCCGCGCCGCGUCCAGUCGACCGCGAUGACGAGGCGCAGACGACGCGGCGCUGCGUGCCCCUCACCUCGCUGUACCAGCCCGUCCAGGUCGGCCAGAUCGGCUCCGGUCACGCCGGCACCUCCACAUUCUUCCGCUGGCCCAUCCUCGGCGCGCUGCUCUUCGACAACGAGAGCAGCGACGCCCGCGACCACUGCGCCAACGAACGCACAUUCCUCUCCUACCUCCGGCUGUCCGUCCUCAUGGCCAUCGUCUCCAUGGCCAUGACGCUUUCCUUCCACCUCAAGCUGCAGCCCACCGCCCUCGAGAGGCACAUCGCCAAGCCCCUCGGCGCCAUCUUCUGGCUGCUUGCCGUGCUCAUCCUCGUCGUCGGCAUCUCCAACUACAUCCGAACCGUCAACCUCUAUAGCAAGCGCGCCGCCAUUGUCCAGUCCGGAUGGCGAACGCAAACCGUCCUCGGUUUUGUCUCUGCUUGCAUCUUUGGCACCUGCAUAGUUCUUCUCGUCAUCAACACAAUGAGGGAUUCAGGAAAGACGACUGAAUGA